AUGAUUGCUGCAGCGUUUUUGGUCUUAUUGAGACCGUAUAGUAUUCAAGUUGUUUUGCUAUUAUUGCUGCUGUUGCUUGGAACUAUUGCAACAAUUCUUUUUUUCUGUUGCUGGCAUCGGAGGCUUCGUAACGGGAAACAUCCCAUAAAAUCUGUGCUUUCAGGGCGCUCAAGGAGUCGCGAAGCUGGUCUCCGGACGCAUCAUUUUCGAUCAGAGGGUUUCAGGCACAGUCCGCGCCAUGCCAGGAGGGCACGCGCUCGAGUGGCAGAGGAAAAGCCUCUUGUCGAAAUUCCCCAGAGUGAUCAUCAGAGUGACUCGUCCACAACUGUGAGGAAACGAAAAGUGAAGAAAAGAGUCCUUCCAGACUUCUAUCACUCAGUACAAGUCACCCCAACACGCAAACCCAGCUCCGGUUCUGGCAACGCUUCCCUUCACUGUUCCAUGUCUUCAUCGGCGGAUUUCUCGGACGAAGAUGAUUAUAGUCUUAAAUCUGGGUCAGUCUCACCGGCACCGGGGGACACUUUACCCUGGAACCUACCAAGACACGAGCGACAUAAGCGACAAAUUCAGGGAGGAUCCGUUUUGGAUCCAGCAGAGAGAGCUGUGCUCAGGAUUGCAGAUGAAAGAGACAGAGUGCAGAAAAAGACUUUUACAAAAUGGAUAAACCAACAUCUCCUGAAGGUCCGGAAGCAUGUUAAUGACCUGUAUGAAGACCUACGAGAUGGACAUAACCUGAUCUCACUGCUGGAGGUCCUGACUGGCCAGUCAUUGCCAAGGGAGCGUGAUUUCCUCAAGACGUUGCGGUUGGUGAGUUCGGCAGAAGCAUGUGCGGUUGAGCAGCAUGGACAUGAGCAGGAUGAUGAUAAGGGGCCUCGGGAGAAAGGGAGGAUGCGGUUCCAUAGACUCCAGAAUGUACAGAUAGCACUGGACUUCUUAAAGAGGCGGCAGGUCAAGCUGGUUAACAUCAGGAAUGAUGACAUCACAGACGGGAAUCCCAAAUUGACGCUGGGAUUGAUAUGGACCAUAAUUCUGCACUUUCAGAUCUCGGAGAUCCAUGUCUGCGGGGAGUCGGAGGACAUGACAGCCAAGGAGCGUCUGCUGAUGUGGUCCCAGCAGAUGACCGAGGGCUACGUGGGCGUACGCUGUGACAACUUCACCUCCUCCUGGAGGGACGGGAGGCUUUUCAACGCCAUCAUUCACAAAUACAGGCCUGACCUGGUGGAUAUGGCCAGAGUGUCGGCCCAGACUAGCCGGUCAAACUUAGAACAGGCCUUUGGUGUGGCUGAACGGCUUGGGGUGGCCAGACUACUGGACCCUGAGGACGUGGAUGUGCAGACUCCUGAUGAGAAGUCAGUCAUCACAUACGUCUCCACUCUGUAUGAUGUCUUCCCUAAAGUACCUGAUGGUGUUGACGGUAUCAAUGCAAAUGAUGUUGAUAUAAAAUGGGUAGAGUACCAGAACAUGGUGAAUUACCUGAGCCAGUGGCUCAAACACAAUGUGGCAGUGAUGUCAGACAGAGCGUUCCCUAACAACCCAGUGGAACUCAAGGCACUUUAUACACAGUACUUGCAGUUUAAAGAGAAUGAAAUCCCGCUGAAAGAAACCGAGAAGAGCAAAAUCAAGCAUCUUUACAAAAUGCUUGAGGUGUGGAUGGAGUUUGGUCGUAUCCAGCUUCCUCAGGGAUAUCACCCCAACGAUGUGGAGAAGGAAUGGGGCAAGCUGAUCGUGGCCAUGCUGGAGCGAGAGAAGAGCCUGAGGCCUGAGGUGGAUAGGCUUGAAAUGUUGCAGCAGAUUGCCAACAGGGUCCAGCGGGACUGUGUCAAUGGAGAGGACAAACUAGCAUUAGCAAGAGCAGCUCUGCAAUCUGAUGCUAAGAGGCUAGAGUCUGGGGUCCAGUUCCAGAAUGAGGCAGAGACCGCUGGGCACCUUCUGGAAUGUGAAAACCUGCUGAGACAGCAGGUGGUAGAUAUCCAGAUUCUACUGGAUGGGAAGUACUACUACUCCGAUCAGCUUGUUCAAAGGGUAUCCAAGCUCCGUGACGACCUGCUGGGCCUGAGGGCAGAGUGUUCCUCUGUGUACAGACAAGGACGCACCCUAACCACCCAACAGACCACGAUGAUGAUCUCAGGCAUCACUCAGAGUCUCAACUCAGGCUUCUCCUCCUCCAACCUCAACUCCAGCCUCACCCCUGGAGGCCUGGGAACCCCCGGUUCCACCUUCACCUCCAUCCUUACCCCGGGCCUCACCCCUGCCCUGAGUCCCGCCAUGACCCACGGCGGCAUGCAGCCCGGCUUGGUGCAGGCCUACAUGGGGGGCGGAGGAGUGGGUAUGGCCCCGGGAGACCUCCAGCACCUCAAACAAAUGCAGAUCCGCAAGCCCCUGUGCAAGUCCUUGCUAGUGGACCCCAACAUGACCGAGGAUGAGGUCAACAUAAACUUUGUGCAGGACCUGAUCAACUGGGUGGAGGAGAUGCAGGUGCAAUUGGAUCGCGGAGAUUGGGGAUCUGAUUUGCCAAGUGUGGAAACACAUUUAGAGAACCACAAAGGGGUUCACAGAGCCAUCGAAGAAUUUCAAAUGAGCCUUAAAGAAGCCAAACUUAGUGAGAUUCAGAUGACCCAAAAACUAAGUUAUUCUGAGAAACUGGGAAAAUUGGAAACCCAGUAUGGGAAGUUACUGAACUGUUCGCGGGAGCGUCAGAAGAACCUGGAGAGCCUCCAUGACUUUGUUUCGCGGGCCACCAUGGAACUCAUCUGGCUCAAUGAGAAAGAGGAGGAGGAGGUCGCUUUCGACUGGAGCGAUCUCAACGGCAACAUCUCUAAGAAGAGACAGUACCACUCUGAUCUGAUGAGAGAGUUGGAUGAAAAGGAGGAGGUGAUCAAGUCUGUACAGGACAGGGCAGAGAACCUUCUGCAGGGGAACCACCCUGCUAGGUUAACUAUUGAAGCAUACAAAGCAGCCAUGCAGACCCAGUGGAGUUGGAUCCUACAGCUAUGCUCUUGUGUGGAGCAGCACCUCAAAGACAACACAGUCUAUUUUGAGUUUUUCAAUAAUGCCAAAGAGUCCAUGGAUUACCUGAAGAGCCUGCAAGGUGACAUCCAAAGAAAGUAUUGCUGUGAUCGGACAAGCAGUGUACACAAGCUGGAAGAUCACAUCCAGGAGUCCAUGGAUGAGAAGGAGCAGCUCCUCCAGUACCGCAGCACAGUGGCUGGGUUGGUGGGCAAAGCCAAGGCUAUCGUCCAGCUCAAGCCUAGGAACCCAGAUACCCCUGUCAGAUCCUCCAUACCCGUCAAAGCCAUCUGUGACUACCGACAAAUAGAGAUCACCAUCUAUAAGGAUGAUGAGUGUGUCCUGGCCAGUAACUCUCACCGGGCCAAGUGGAAGGUGAUCAGUCCAUCUGGGAACGAGGCUAUGGUUCCCUCUGUCUGCUUCACUGUGCCUCCACCCAACAAGGAGGCUGUGGACCAGGCCAGCAGAAUUGAGCAGCUGUACCAGAAUGUCCUGACUCUGUGGCACCACUCCCACAUAAAAAUGAAGAGCGUGGUCUCCUGGCACUACCUGAUGGCAGACGUCAGAGCCAUCCGUGACUGGAACGUGUCCUCAAUUAAGACCAUGUUGCCAGGCGAGCACCAGCAGGUCCUUAGCAACCUGCAAUCCCACUUUGAGGACUUCCUGGAGGACAGCAAGGAGUCGGAGGUGUUCACUGUGGCAGACUGUUCCCAGCUAGAAAGGGAGGUGCUGGCCUGCAAGGACUACUACGAGGAGCUGCUCAAGUCUGCAGAGAGAGAGGAACACGAGGAGUCUGUGUACAACCUGUAUAUCUCUGAGGUGCGUAACUUCCGCAUGCGUCUGGAGGCUCAGGAGGAGCACCUGAUCCGACAGAUCCGCACCCCUCUGGACAGAGACGACCUGGAGCAGAGUGUCCUGCGCAUCACAGAGCAAGAGAAGAAGAAGGCAGAGCUGGAUCAGCUGAUGGACGAUCUGGAGACCAUGAAGGAGAAGUGUGAGACGUUCUUCAGACAGGCCGGGGCCUCUCCCGCUGUCCCCACCCUCUCCUCUGACCUCAAUGUCCUCAUCCAGAGCAUGAGCCAAGUCUACUCCAUGUCCGCCAUCUACCUAGAGAAGCUGAAGACAGUGAGCUUGGUGGUGAGGCACAGCCAAAGUGCGGAGGCUCUAGUGAAGCUCUAUGAGGCCAAACUCUCUGAGGAAGACGCCGUGAACUCUGACCUGAAAUCCAUCGACACAGUCGUCAGCACACUCAAGCAAUGGCGCUCAGAGAUCGACAAACAGAGGGAGAUCUUCCAUGACCUGGAGGAUGGGCUACAGAAGGCCCGUGGUAUCAGUGAACGCAUGUUCAAGGCCCACAACGAGCGGGACUUUGACCUGGACUGGCACAAGGAGAAGGCUGACCAGCUAGAAGAAAGGUGGAACAACGUCCACUCCCAGAUUGAGAGCAGACUUCGGGACCUGGAGGGCAUCAGUAAAUCACUGAAGUACUACAAAGACUCCUACGGCAGUCUGGAUGAGUGGGUCAGAGAGAUGGAGGCUGCUCAGCUCAAGACCCAAGAGAAGCAGCCAGAGGACAGCAAAGCGCUCGCUGAGCUGGUAAACCAACAGAAGGUCCUCGUUGCAGAAAUGGAACAAAAGCAGAGCAGAAUUGAUGAAUGCCAAAAGUACUCAGAGCAGUACUCAUCUGGUGCUAAAGAUUAUGAGCUACAGCUGUUGACCUACAGAGCCAUGGUUGACUCCCAGCACAAGUCCCCGCUCAAGAGACGGAGGAUGCAGAACUCGGCUGAUGCCAUCAUCCAGGAGUUCAUGGACCUCCGAACUCGCUACACGGCCGUAGUCACCUCCAUGACACAGUAUGUCAAGUUUGCCAGUGAGACAUUGAAGAGAGCAGAAGGCGAAGAGAGAUCUGUUGAUGAGGAGAAGAAAGAGCAUGGUGAUAAAGUAAGCAAGCUAUUGAAUUGGAUGUCCAGUGUGAAACCGGGCGAGAACAAAGAUGGUAAAGCCAGCACAGAGGCCUCUAGUAAGCCUCAGGUGUCAAUGGAAGAGAUGGUAACAAAAAAAGAGAAAAUUGCAGAAGCACUGAGGACUACACAGCUUAUGCUAAGUAAACACAGUGAUAAGAUGACCGAGGAAGAGAAGCAGGAAGCAAAGGAGCAGCUGAAAUCCCUCCAUCAAGCCUACAGUGAUCUCGCCCAGCAUUGUUCUGAUCAGACACCAUCUGCCGAGCAGGAGUUUCAGACCAUUGAAGGCGUUCUCGAGGUGGGAAGUAUAGAGGUCUACUCUGUGUUUAGCUCUGUCCAGAGCGGCAUGAUCGACCAUACCACUGGGCUCAGUCUCCUGGAGGCUCAGCUCAUCACCUCUGGCCUCGUUCUGCCUCAGUUCAGGAUGUGUCUGGAGCUGGACGAAGCUUUCCAUCACAACCUCAUUGACGAGGCCACCUGGAAGCAGCUCAGAGAGCUCAACGAAGCCAACCGGAGUAUCCUGAGCCCUCCGUUCUCUUCAGAACCUCUCCCUGUGAUGGCAGCGCUUAGAGAGGGGGCCGUUUCUGAGCGCCUCGCCAUGAAGGUUAUAGAGAUCCAGUUGGCUACAGGUGGGUUGAGGGUGUCCUACACAGGUGAUGUACUGACUCUGGAGAGGGCCUUUCAGUUUGGCCUGAUCCCUGCACAUCUGUAUGUCAAGCUCCUGGAGAGACAGAACACAUGGAAGGACCUGAUCAACCCCGGCACGGCAGAGAAGGUCUCGCUUACCCAGCUGGUGCAGAGGAGCGUGGUUGAUGAGGAGACUGGACUGCGACUGCUGCCGGUGAAGAAGAGCCACAAUGGGAGCAUAGAGUUGACAUCCGGAAGGGUGAUGAGUGUACUUAGGGCUGUUCAUGAAGGGUUGAUUGACAGAGAGACCACGUUGAGGCUGCUGGGUGCUCAGCUGUUUGCAGGCGGUAUCGCCGACCCCAAAACAGGCGGUAAGCUCACUGUAGAGCAAGCCCUGUCAGAGGGCUUGAUCGAUCAAGACACUGCCAGUGGGAUACUGAGCCAGCAGGCCCAAACUGGAGGUAUAGUGAAUCCUCAGAAUGGCAAAAGGCUAACAGUGGAUGAGGCUGUUCAGUGUGAUUUGAUGAGCUUUAGCAGUGCACUCUUGGUGCUGGAGAAACAGAAGGGGCUCAUGGGUCUUUUAUGGCCUCACUCUGGUGAAAUCUUGACCAUUUCCACCUCUCUGCGGCACGAAAUCAUCACCAGUCAGCUCGCAUUCAAACUGCUCAGCAAUAGACAGAAAAUAGCGUCCCUUUACAUAGCAGAAUACUCAGAGGUAGUGGAUAUUAACUCUGCUACUCAAAAUGGUUUCAUUGAUGUACACACAGCAGAGGUGUUGAAAACCAUUGAAAUACCAGAUGUUUUUCCUGAUGUUGAUGACCUUAAUGACAGAUUUUCUAACUGGCUGAUGUUGAGAGAGCUUCAGAUUGGAGGAUCCCAUCGCACUACAGAUGAUAAUGAGAUUGAUUAUGAGAACAUAAAUACCCCAUCUUCCAUUGAGGCAAAACAGUUAUUUAUCUCAUACCUCACAAUGAAUAGUUACAUGGAUCCAAAAUCAGGACAAAGGCUUUUAAUAUUCGAUGGACAGUUGACUAAAAUGGCAGAACUUUUAGUUGACAUUUCAGUAGAGGCACCUGAAAACCAGGGCCUUGUGGACGAGGACACUGUGUUAGAUGUGUGGGCAUUGCAGCUCCACAAGGGAGAUGUCUUAGAGGAAGAGAAAAGCACAGUGGCAACCCUGAAAGAAGCUGUGUCUAAAGGCUCCAUAUCCUCCCAGAUACCCCUGCAGAUCACGGAACAGCAUAGCCUGUUAGGUGUACAUGACCCCAAGUCUGGAUACUUAAUGACACAUGAUAGUGUCCCACCACCUGCGUUGGCGAUCUAUACUGCUCUAAGGUCUGGUUUAGAUGAGCUGGUGAGAAUGAGAGUGGAGGGGGCAGAUGUCGAUGACUUGCAAAAGGCUGAGACCCAAGCAGUGGAGGACAUCAUCAACCUGAUACAGGACAAUCCACAGUCCCAUGGAAGAGGUUUUGGUGAUUUUGGUGAGGAGACAGAUGCAGCGCCUGGGCUUAUGAAAAGUAGUAGCCCAGAUCUCCUCAGGGAUCUGUUGAAGCAGGAGGCUCUCCGUUCAGGUAAAACUAGUCCUGAGAAAGAGGAAGGGGAACCCCUCCAUGAAGAAACCCCUCCAUCUGAUAUGACCCAGAUUCAGUCUCAGCUUCUGCAGGUUCUUCAAAGUUUAUCCUCAAGCCAAGACCCUGCCAUGCUCAGAGAUGUGAUAGGAACCUUGAGCAGUAUUCUGGGCGGUGCUCCUCACGAGGGCAGGCCACACAACCUGGAGAUCAUCCAGGAGGAGGGCUCAUCAGAUGAGGCUGAAGGUGCCGUGGCAGAUCCCAUGGAAGCUCCUGACCUAUGUCAAUCUACAGAGGUUGAAACCAUUUCAGACACAGGCAAUGCUGAACCAGUUCAAUCUAAAGUCAGGCAACAGUACUCCACCCAGGAUUAUCUGGAGUGUGUGGGCAGACUUCAGGAUCAUGCAGAUGUUCUAGAGGAGAUCAGGAAUGUCCUGUCAUCCCAGCAGGGCUCUCUGAGUAACAAUAUGGAGGAGUUACACAGUCAUCUGGAUGAAUCUCAGGCCCAGUUGAAGUCAACAUACCAGGAUCUCCUCAGUAGCCUUGAUAGACUAUCAGGCUGUAUUCAUGACAACUCUGAGAUGGCCGGCAACCUCGACAUCCUGAACACAUCUGACGUGGACACAGUGAAAGACAUGAUCCAAAAGAAUAAGGGCAUGGAGACUAAUCUGUCAGGGACCCACAGACAUCUGGAGGACACUGCGUUUGACAUCCAGUACUUUAUCUCAGAGCAUGCCCAGUUCCUGAGUCCGGCCCAGAGCAGGCACCUCCUCAAGUCUCUCAGCGCCACCCAGAGGGCGUUUAAGGAACAGACGGAGAGGGUGGCCAAACAGAGACGCACCCUGGAACGCCACCUGGAGAUCAGAGAGGACGAGAGUCAGCAGAAGUACAUGGAGGAGAAACAGAAGGUGAUCUCAGACAAGCUGCAGGAGCUGUGUGACAACCUGACCAAUACAGAGAACCGUCUGAUAGGCCAUCAGCAGCAGACCAAGGGUGCAGCGAGUGUGGAAGACCUGCAGCAUGUGCAGCAAGAGCAUCAGGCCUUGCAGAAAGACAUCUUGACCAAUGGCAGUGCCUUGAAUGAGGUCAUCAGUAGCACCAAGAAGUUCCUGGAUGAGAAUCGGUCUACGCUGACCCCAGAUCAGAUCAUUGCCAUCGAGAGCAAGCUGGAGGACGCCGAGAGCAAGGUCAAACUUAUCAACCAACGGGCAGAGGAGUCCAGGAAAGACCUGGAGAAGUCUGUGACCACUGCUAUCAAACAGGAGACUGAGAAGGAGGCUGCUGUUGAGCAGCUUGAGGAGAGCAAGAACAAGAUUGAGGGUUUGCUGGACUGGAUCAACAACAUGGGGAAUGAGAAAGGGAUGGGGGGCGAACAGACAGACCAUAUGGGCAUACAGAACGGGAACAUGCCGUUGCAUUCGGAGACCUCGGCCAAGAACAUUCUGGGUGAGGAUGAUGACCCCAAUGGAAACAAUGGAAAUGCUUUCCAGACUACAGACAACGACACUGAAGGACAGGCCACAGGGAAGACCCCAGAACUGGACCUGGAAAAGCAGUAUGACAGAGUCAAGGCUCGUCACCAGGAGAUCUUGUCCCAGCAACAGGAGCUGAUCAUGGCCACCCAGUCAGCCCAGGCUCUGCUGGACCACCAGGCCCAUGCCUUGUCGCCCACGGAUAAGGACAAGCUCCAGAGGGACAUCCAGGAGCUGAAAGGACGGUACAACUCUUCCCUUACCCAGGCAGAACAGCAGAUGAAGCAGGUGGUCCAGGUUCAGGAGGAGCUGAAGAAGUUCCAGGGAGACUGUGAGGAGUUUGAGGGCUGGCUGCAGCAGGCCGAGGGGGAGGUGGAGGAGCUGGGAGCCCCUGCUGGAGCUCUCAACAACCUCACAGAGAAGCUCCAGAGACAGAAGAGCUUCUCUGAGGACGUCAUCUCCCACAAGGGAGACCUGCGGUUCAUCACCAUCUCAGGACAGAAGGUGUUGGACGUGGCGAAGGCCUGCGGACGCAUGGACCCUGGUGGGAAAGAUGCCCAGCUGGAGGUGGAUACCACUGCAACCUGUGCUGCUGUGAAGGAGAAGCUGGACUCAGCUGCUGGUCGCUUCAAAGCCCUACACUCUCAGUGCAAUGAUCUUGGCAACAAUCUCAGAGACGUGGUGGACAAGUACAAGAAGUAUGAGGACUCGGCUGCUGGUCUCCUGAAGUGGCUCAACAACUCAGAGGAGGACGCCAGAAGGCAGCAGUCUGAGGCCAUCGCUGCCGACCCUCAAACCCUACAGAAACAGCUGGAGGACACCAAGGGUCUGCAGGGUCAGACUACUGGUCGUCAGACUGCUGUGGAGACACUCCGCAAAACAGCUGACUCUCUGGUCACCGCCCAGGGGGACCUGUUGACCAAUCAGGACCAUAUCCAUGAAACAGUAGAUGAUAUUGUGGAGAGGUAUGACAACCUGUCUAAGUCAGUGAGUGAUCGUAAUGAGAAGCUUCAGAUCACCCUGACCCGCUCCCUGAGUGUCCAGGAUGGCCUGGAUGAGAUGAUGAGAUGGAUGGAGGGAGUAGAGGAGAGUGUGAAGGAGAAAGGACAAGUCCCUCUGGAUUCAGCAGCCAUUGGAGAUGUGCUCAGCAAAGAGGCAGCUCUGGAGCAGGAUAUUUCCAGUCGCCAGAGCAGCAUCUCUGCCAUGAAGGCCAAGGUUAAGAAGUUUGUGGAGACAGCUGACCCCGCUGCAGCGGCUCUGCUGCAGUCCAAAAUGGACGCCCUGUCUCAGCGCUUCUCUGACGCCUGUGACAAGCACAAACACAAGCAGGGCCAGCUGGAGCAGCUGAAAGACAAGGUGGAGGAGUUUGAGAAGACAACGGAGAAGGUGCAGCAGUUUGUGCUCAAGCGCUCUCAGGUCCUCUCUGAAACAGACGGACCAGGGAAAAACGUCAACGAGCUCUCGCAGCUCAUGCAGGAUACUAACACUGAGUUGGCUGAACAUGCCAAGGAUGUGGAAAUGCUGCAGAUGCUGUCAAAGGAACUGGCCAAUAUGGGUCCAGAGGGAAGCAAGGCCCAGAUUCAGCGCAAGAUGGACAAGCUCUCCAACACCUUCAAUGCCUUCAAAAACACUGUGAAGGAGAAAGAGGAGGAGGUGUCUUCCUGCCAGGACCAGCUGGGAGACUUCAGGGCUGCAGCCGGAGCUCUCAGGACGUGGCUGGAGGAGACGACAGAGAAAGUCCCUGUGGUUCAGCCAACCAGCAGUGAACAGAGUCUAGCAAAGGACCUGAAGAGAGUCAAUGCUCUAAUGGAGGAAUGGACAACCAAAGGCUCUGCUGUCCAAGAUAUAAAUAGCAAAGGAUCUGCACUAUGUAGCCUCAUCAGUGUUCUCACAUCUCCAGCCAAGACCAAGAUGUCACAUAAGUCAGAGCUGAUGGUGGUACAGCAAAACAUGUCGUAUAUCAACGAGGGCCACAAGAGUCUGGGAGAAGUGCUGAAGGGCCGGGCUACAGAGCUGUCUGUCCUGGUGCAGGAGGUGACAGAGGCCCAGAAGGAGACAGACACCAUGAUAACAUGGCUGCAGGAUAUGAAGAAGACAGCAGCAUCCUGGAACUCUGCGUCCACAGAGAAAGACACCAUGAAAACACAACUGGAGCAACAGAAGGCCUUUGAGGAAGACAUGAAACAAAAGCGCGAGCAGCUCCAGAAGCUGAGAGAGAAGCUUCUCCAUCUGAUUGAAAAACACCCAGACUCUCCUGAAGCAGCAAAAUGGAAGCAGAUGCUGUCACAGAUAGAUGCUGCCUGGGCGGAUGUGAGCGGGUCGGUGGAGGACAGGAAGCAGCGUCUGGAGGAGUCCAACAGGAACCUGGACGUGUUCCAGACCACUGAGCCGCAGCUCCGCCAGUGGCUCUCAGAGAAGGAUAUGAUGCUCAGUGUCCUGGGGCCCCUCUCCAUGGACCCCAACAUGCUCAACACACAGAAGCAGCAAGUCCAGAUCCUCCUGAACGAGUUUGACAGCCGUAAGCCACAGUUUGACCAGCUUCACGAGGCUGCUGCUGCUAUCCUGAGCACAUCAGGCAAGCAGGACCCCUCCUCUGGUGGGAAGGUGGUGAAGGAUCAACUGGCCGCCGUCACCCAGAAAUGGCAGGGCCUGACUGGGCAGCUGGGCCAGAGAGCCGGCCUCAUCGACCAGGCCGUGGGGAAGUCGAGCCAGUUCCAGGAUCUGCUGAUGAGCCUGAGCCAGAGCGCCGCCUCACUGGAGACCCGGCUCAACAGCCAGCAGGCCCUUAGCAGUCAGCCUGAUGUGGUGAAGAAGCAGCUAGAGGAGGCUAACAACAUCUCUGGCCAGCUGAGGGAGGAGAGGAAGAGGCUAAAAGAGGCUGAGACCCUCUGCUCUGAGCUUUCUGCCCUGGUCACGGAGGACUACCUGAAAGCAGGCCUAGACAGGCAGCUGGAGGGGGUCAACAAGCCUUUCAAACAGUUGGAGGACAAAGCAGGGAAGCGGAUCCAGCAACUGAACUCCGCCUUCGCAAGCUCCCAGCAGUUCCACCAGACCUCCAAAGACUUCCAGGGGUGGAUGAACGAGAAGCUCCAGGAGCAGUCUAAAUCCCAGGCCAUCUCGGCCCAGGUGGAGACCCUCCGGCAGAGCCUGAAAGAACAGAGUGCCCUGCAGAAGGCCCUCAGUGAACACGAGGAACCGUACAGCACCAUCGUCAGGGAGGGAGAGACCCUCCUCCAGAACACUGACGGGGCAGAGAAGGUGGCGAUGCAGGGCCAGCUGGCUACACUGCGUUCCAACUGGGACGAUGUGAAGAAGAGCUCGGCUGAGCGCCAGGAUAAGCUCCAGGGGGCGCUGCAGAGGGUCCAGAAGUAUCACGAGCACGCUGAGAAGCUCCAGUCCUGGGUCCAGGAGUGUGAAGCCAGGGAGGGCAGCGUCAGGCUCAGCGUGGACCCAGCGGAGGUGGAGAGCUCCAUCUCCCAGCUGAAGGCCAUCCAGAAGGACGUCGAUAAACACAGAGGCCUGGUGGAGCAGCUGAACACUGCAGCCGACAGCCUCCUGGAGGUGGCCAACGCAGACACAGAGGCCGUCAGGGAGGAGAAGGCGGCCAUCGGGCAGAGCGUGGACCGGGUCACGGAGGGGGUCCAGAACAAGAGAGAGUCUCUGGAGAAGAUCUCACAGAGGCUGAAAGAGUUCAACGACACCCACAAUGAGGCCAAGGGCCAGCUGGCAGGGGCUAAGAAGCAGCUAGAUGCCCACACAUCACUGGGGGUCCAGGCCUACAGCAACAAGAACCUGACCAACAUGAAGGCCCAGCAGAAGAGCCUGGAUGGAGUCAACACCCAGGUUGAGCACCUGAAGAGCCUUGCCCAGGGCCUGGUGGCUGAUGUCCCCGAGGCAGACGGGGUGACCGACCUCCUACUGCAGGCCGACAGCCUGGAGAAAGAGCACGGCUCCCUCAGCAAGGAUGUAGGGGAGACCUGCUCCACCUUGGAGGGCAAGCUGCAGGGCAUCGGGCAGUUCCAGACCAACAUCCGCGAGAUGUUCACCCGCUUCGCAGACCUAGAUGACGAGCUUGACAGCAUGGCUUCUGUGGGCCGCGACCUGAUCACACUUAAGGAGCAGCAGGGCAGCAUCAAGGGCUUUGUGGAGAAACUGCAGGAGCUGAUGGCCGACACGGCUCGAGGAGGGGACAGCUGUAAGAAGAUGCUGGAGACUGAGGCCUCCCCAGACCUGCUGGGGCUGAAGAGAGACCUGGAUGCUCUGAGUAAGCAGUGUGGCAAGCUGAUAGACAGAGCUAAAGGGAGAGGGGAAGAGGUGGGGAGCACACUCACCCGUCUGGUUGAGCUUUACUCCAAGCUACAGCAGUUCACCAACAAACUGGGCGGGGCUGAGGUCAAGGAGGAAGGUCAAGGGUCACUUGGCAUGGAGACUGAUGUCAUCAACCAACAGCUGGAAGCUUUCAAGGUAUUCCAGAAAGAGGUUGAUCCACUGCAGAGCCAGUUGCAAGACAUUAACUGGCUGGGCCAAGGCUUGAUCCAGAACGCUGACAAAGGCACCAGCACCAAGGGCCUUGAACUUGACCUGGAGGAUGUCAACACACGAUGGAACACUCUCAACAAAAAGAUUGCUGAGCGGUCAGUGCAGCUGCACGAGGCCCUGUUGCAUUGUGGGAGAUUCCAGGAUGCCCUGGAGUCCCUACUCAGCUGGCUGACGGACACAGAGGACCUGGUGUCCAAUCAGAAACCUCCGUCUGCCGAGUUCAAAGUUGUCAAGGCACAGAUCCAGGAGCAGAUACUCCUCCAGAGGCUGCUGGAUGACCGCAGGCCCACGGUGGAGCUGAUUAAGAAGGAGGGAGGGAAGGUUGCGGAGCUGGGAGCAGAGUCCGUGGACAAGGAGAAGGUGGGGAAGGAGAUUGAGUGCCUGGGGCAGAGGUGGGACGCUCUGCUGAAGAAGGCUGAGAACAGGCACAAACAGCUGAAGAGCAUUCUGGUUGUGGCUCAGCAGUUCCAUGAGACACUGGAGCCGCUGUCUGAGUGGCUCUCUGCCACAGAGAAACACUUGGCCAAAGCUGAACCUAUUGGCACACAGACCUCCAAGCUGGAAGAGCAGAUCUCCCAGCACAAGGUAUUAGAGGAGGAGAUAAUGGAUCACAGUAAAGACCUGGUUCAGGCCGUCAACCUGGGUCAAAUGCUGAAGCUAGUCAGCUCAGUGGACGAUAAGGAGCUGGUGCAGUCUAAGCUGGACUCCAGCCAGGCUAGUUAUGUAGAGCUGCAGGAGCGUUGUAGGAGGAAGGCUGAGAUGCUGCAACAGGCUCUGGCCAACGCACAGCUCUUUGGAGAAGACGAGGUGGCCCUCAUGAACUGGCUCAACGAAGUGCACACUAGGCUGAGCGAAGUGUCCGUCAAAGACUACAAGACGGACGUGCUGGAAAAGCAGUGUGCAGAACAGCUGGCCCUACAUGAAGACAUUGAGUUGAGGAAGCAGAAUGUUGAUCAAGCCAUUUCUAAUGGAUUGGAACUGCUGAAACAAACAACAGGUGAUGAGGUGGUUGUCAUCCAAGGCAAGUUGGACGGGAUAAAGAUGAGAUACGCUGAGAUCAACUCCAUGAGUGAUAACGUGUCUAAGACCCUGGACCAGGCCCUAACCCUGGCCUCUAAGCUUCAGCACACACAUGAAGACCUCAGCUCCUGGCUGAAGAAUGUCGAGGCUGAGCUCACCGCCUUCACUGCUCAGGCGCCUGUAGGAGAGCAGCUCGUUCAGGCACAAGACAGGCAGAAGGCAUUGCUGAAAGAGGCCAGGGAUCACAAGCCCCAGGUGGACAAACUCAACGAGGUGAGCAGCUCUCUGCUGGAGCUGGUCCCUUGGAGGGCUCGGGAGGGCCUGGACAAGAUAGUGACAGAGGACAACGAUCGCUACAAGGCCACCAGCGACACCAUCGCACAUCACGUGGAGCAGAUAGACGCCGCUAUACUGAAAUCACAGCAGUUUGAACAAGCAGCUGACACUGAGCUAGCCUGGCUUACUGAAGCAGAGAGGAAGAUGUUGUCACUGGGAGAGAUCAGGCUGGAACAGGACCAGACCACUGUCCAGCUCCAGUCCCAGAAGGGCUUCUCUAUGGACAUCAUGAGACACAAGGAUGCCGUGGAUGGAAUUGUGAAAACAGGCCAGGCCAUCAUGAACAGCAAGGAUGAGGAGGAAAAGCAAGCCUUGAAGGCCAAGAUCCAGGCCCUCCUGGAGAAGUAUGUUGUUGUCAGUCAGCUGAACUCGGAGCGCUGCCUGCAGCUGGAGCGAGCCCAGUCUCUGGCCAGCCAGUUCUGGGAGACUUACGAGGAGCUGUGGCCCUGGCUCCAGGAGACCCGCACCAGUUUCAGCCAGCUCCCACUGGCGUCCAUCGAGUACGAAGCUCUCCGACAGCAGCAGGAGGAGCUCAGGCAAAUGCGAGAGCUGAUUGCUGAGCACAAGCCCUACAUCGACAAGAUGAACAAGACAGGUCCCCAGCUACUGGAGCUGAGUCCUGUGGCGGGGGUCGCUAUCAGGGAGAAGUACACAGCCACAGACCUGCUGUACGCCCAGCUCAAGGCUGACGUCAAACAGAGGGCCUUCACUCUGGAUGAGGCCAUCUCCAAAUCCACACAGUUCCAUGACAAGAUCGAGCCCAUGCUGGAGGCCCUGGAGCGGAUCGCUGAGCGCCUGCGUCAGCCUCCCUCCAUUUCUGUGGAGGUGGAGAAGAUCAGGGAGCAGAUCACAGAGAACAAGGUUGUGUCGGCGGACCUGGAGAAACUGCAGCCGUCCUACGACACGCUCAAGCAGCGCGGCGAAGAGAUGAUUGCUCGCUCAGCGGGAGCUGACAAGGACAUAUCUGCUAAAGCUGUGCAAGACAAGCUGGAUCGGAUGGUGUUCACCUGGAAUGAGAUCCAUGCCCUGAUGGAGGAGAGGGAGGCCAAGCUGCUGGAUGUAAUGGACCUGGCAGACAAGUUCUGGUGUGACCACUGUGCCCUCAUCGUUACCAUCAAGGACACCCAGGACCUGCUGAGGGAGCUGGAGGAGCCUGGAGUCGACCCUUCUGUGGUGAAACAGCAGCAGGAGUAUCUGGAGAGCUUCAAGGAGGAGAUUGACGGCCUCCAGGAGGAGCUUGAUGUGGUGCGGAACCUGGGGGCGGAGCUUAUGGCUGCUUGUGGUGAACCAGAUAAGCCAGUCACAAAGAAGAGUAUUGAUGAGGUGAACUUGGCGUGGGAGACUCUGAACAAGGCAUGGAAGGAGAGAGUGGACAGACUGGAUGAGGCCAUGCAAGCUGCUGUACAGUUCCAGGAUGGCCUGCAGGGUAUGUUUGACUGGGUGGACAUUGUGGAGCACAAACUGGGUUCUAUGUCACCUGUGGGCACAGACCUGGACACUGUCAAGCAACAGAUAGAAGAACUCAAGGAGUUCAAAGGUGAGGCGUAUCAGCUGCAGAUGGAGAUGGAGCGACUGAACCACCAGGCGGGCCUGCUGCUGAAGAAGGUGACGGAGGAGUACGACCGUUGUGCCAUCCAGGAGCCCAUGACCGAGCUCAAAAUGCUCUGGGACAACCUGGAUGAAAAGAUCAUCAACAGACAGCACAAACUGGAAGGAGCGCUGUUGGCUCUGGGGCAGUUCCAGCAUGCGCUGGACGAGCUUCUGGCCUGGAUGAGCAACACUGAAGAGCUGCUCAACGAACAGAGGAAGGCUGUAGGAGACCCCAAGGCCAUUGAGAUCAAGCUCGCCAAGCACCACGUCCUCCAGAAUGAUGUGUUGGCCCAUAAGACGACGGUGGAGGCAGUCAACAAGGCCGGUACUGACCUGGUGGAGUCCACUUCUGGAGAGGAAGCCGCCGGCCUGCAGAACAAACUGGAGAACCUCACCCAGCGCUGGAAGAACAUCCUGGAGAAGACAGAGCAGAGGAGGCAGCAACUGGACAGUGCUCUGCUUCAGGCCCAAGGUUUCCAUGGCGAGAUCGAAGACAUGCAGCAAUGGCUGAAAGACACAGAGCGUCAGCUGUUAGCAUCAAAGGCUGUGGGAGGCUUACCAGACACGGCCCGCGAGCAGCUUAAUGCCCAUCUGGAGUUAUGUUCCACAAUGGAGGCCAAGGAGGAGCUGUACCAGCAGCUGAUGAACAAAGGUCAGCAGCUGCUCACCAUGACCCCCUCCGGCCAGGACAGCAACACAGAGCAGGACCUCCGUAACCUACAGGACAAAUGGGAGUCUGUGCAGGCCAAGGUGGCUGAGAGAAAGGUGAAACUGGAAGAGGCUUUGGCUCUGGCCACAGAGUUCCAUAACUCUCUCCAGGACUUCAUCAACUGGUUGACCCAAGCUGAACAGACUCUCACUAUGUCCUCUCCUGCCUCCCUCAUCCUGGAAACCAUCCUGUUUCAGAUAGAUGAGCACAAGGUGUUUGUGACAGAGGUAAACUCCCACAGGCAGCAGAUCAUUGAGCUGGAUAAGACAGGGACACACCUGAAGUACUUCAGCCAGAAGCAGGACGUGGUAUUGAUCAAGAACCUGCUGAUAAGUGUACAGGGCCGCUGGGAGAAGGUGGUGCAGAGGUCUGUGGAGAGGGGCCGUCUGCUGGACGACACCAGGAAGAGGGCCAAACAGUUCCACGAAACCUGGAACAAGUUGACAGAAUGGUUGGACGAUUCGGAGAAGGCUUUGGACUCUGAGCUGGAAAUCGCCAACGAUCCUGACAAGAUCAAGACGCAGCUGGCCCAGCACAAGGAGUUCCAGAAGGUGCUGGGGAGCAAGCACUCAGUGUAUGACACCACCAGUCGUACCGGACGUGCCCUGAAGGAUAAGACGUCACUGCAGGACGAUAACCAGAAGCUGGACGACAUGCUGAGUGAACUGAGGGACAAGUGGGACACUGUCUGUGGCAAGUCAGUCGAGAGGCAGAACAAACUGGAAGAGGCGUUGCUGUUCUCUGGUCAGUUUACUGAUGCCCUGCAGGCCCUGAUUGACUGGCUGUACAGAGUGGAGCCUCAGCUGGCCGAGGACCAGCCAGUACAUGGAGAUAUAGACCUUGUGCUCAAUCUCAUCGACAGUCACAAGGUGUUCCAGAAGGAGCUGGGUAAGCGGACAGGGAGCGUUGCGGCCCUGAAGCGUUCGGCUAAGGACCUGAUUGAGAGCAGCCAUGAAGACUCCUCCUGGGUCAAAGCUCAGAUGCAGGAGCUGAGCGCUCGCUGGGAGACAGUUUGCGCUCGCUCAGUAUCUAAACAGACCCGGCUGGAACAGGCACUGAGUCAGGCUGAGGAGUUCCACUCUACAGUCCAUAUGCUGCUGGAGUGGCUGGCCGAGGCCGAGCAGAGCCUGCGUUUCCAUGGCACCCUGCCCGACGACGAGGAGGCCCUCGGGGCUCUUAUCGAGCAGCACAAGGAGUUCAUGAAGAAACAGGAGGAGAAGAGAGUGGGCCUGAACAAAGCCACCAGUAUGGGGGAGGCUAUCUUGACCAUCUGCCACCCAGACUCUAUCACCACCAUCAAACACUGGAACACCAUCAUUAAAGCCCGCUUCGAGGAGGUCCAGGCGUGGGCGCGGCAGCACCAGCAGCGCCUGGCCAUGGCCCUCAGUGAUCUGCUGGCCACUAAGGAGCUGCUGGAGGGUCUUUUGGGCUGGCUGCAGUGGGCUGAGACCACACUCAAUGACAAGGACAAUGAGGUCCUGCCUCAAGAGAUAGACGAGGUCAAAGCCCUCAUCGCUGAACACCAGACAUUCAUGGAGGAAAUGACCAGGAAGCAACCAGAUGUUGACAAGAUCACCAAGACACACAAGAGAAAGGCUGUGGUCGGGAGCGAGCCUGCCAGCCAGUCCCAUAUCCCUGUCCUGGAGAAAGGAAGAGGUGGAAGAAAGCGUUCUCCCACACAAGCCAUGUACCCAUCUUCACAGCCUCUCAUAGAGACCAAGAACCCCAGGGUUAACCUAUUGGUCAGCAAGUGGCAACAGGUGUGGCUACUGGCCCUGGACAGGAGGAGGAAACUCAAUGAUGCCAUGGACAGACUUGAGGAGCUGAAGGAAUUUGCCAACUUUGACUUUGAUGUGUGGCGGAAGCGCUACAUGCGAUGGAUGAACCAUAAGAAGUCGCGUGUCAUGGACUUUUUCAGACGCAUUGACAAGGAUCAGGAUGGAAAGGUCACCAGACAGGAAUUCAUAGAGGGUAUCCUCUCCUCCAAAUUCCCCACCAGUCGGCUGGAGAUGAGUGCGGUGGCAGACAUAUUUGACCGGGAUGGUGACGGCUAUAUUGACUACUAUGAGUUUGUGGCUGCCCUUCACCCCAACAAAGAGGCAUACAAACCCCUCACAGAUGCAGACAAAAUUGAAGAUGAGGUUACACGCCAAGUGGCAAAAUGCAAGUGUCCUAAACGAUUCCAAGUUGAGCAAAUUGGUGCCAACAAAUACAGGUUCUACCUUGGAAAUCAGUUUGGAGACUCCCAGCAGCUGCGUCUGGUACGGAUCCUACGGAGUACUGUGAUGGUGCGCGUGGGUGGAGGUUGGAUGGCUCUGGAUGAGUUCCUGGUAAAAAACGAUCCGUGUCGAGCCAAAGGAAGGACAAACAUGGAGCUGCGAGAAAAGUUCAUUCUCCCAGAAGGCACCACUCAGGUGAUGGCCAGUUUCCGGUAUAGAGGUCGUAGGUCGCGGCCGUCGUCACGUGCUGCCUCUCCCAACCGGUCAAACUCUAACCAUAGCUGUCCGGCCCAGCAUAAUAACACAGCCUUGACCAGCACACCCAAGACUCCCCAACACAUAACCCGCAAUUAUGAUAAGCCCUGGCUGACAAACAGCAAACCCUCCAGUCCUCUAAAAUCAUCAGACUCCUUUGAGAGCCAAGGUUCAUCCUCUGAGAGCAUCCCAAUACAGGGAAGCAAACUGCGUCUCCCUGGAUACUUGUCAGGAAAAGGGUUCCAGUCGGGAGAAGAGCAGGGAACCCUGAUCAAUGCUGCUGUGAUGAAAGCACGGGGGCAGGCAAUAGACAAUAAGCGUACCGGAAUCUUUUGUUCCCCAGAAUCGAGAAGACCCGGCAGCCGACCUGGAAGUAAAGCAGGUAGCCGAGGCAGCAGCCGGAGGGGAAGCGAUGCUUCAGACUUCGACAUCUCCGAUAUCGCAUCGGUGUGCUCCGAAACGUCGGAGAUGGUGGGUGACACCAGUCGGGGCACACCCCGCUCAUCGUCACGUCAACACGGAGGCAAGCCCUCCAAAAUCCCCACUCCUCAAAGGAGGUCGACCCCCAGCAAACUGGCCAAGACCUCCAAGAGAUAGUCAUUGGCCUUGAGACAACUACGGGAGCCCUGUUGGCCCAAAGUGGCCCUCCUGGUUCCACAAGACGUAUGGAGACUGGAGACACAUGAACUGACACUAGAGACUGGUGUAUGUGUUAAUUAUUUAAAGUGUUGCGAAGAUGUUAAAUAUUCUGUUGAGAGAAAAAAUUGUUUAAUAUUAAGUGAGAAUGGAAUGUCAAUGGCCUUGUGUAUUUGUCUUAAUGUAUUUUAUUUUCUGUGAAUAAUGUCAAAUUAUUAUGAUAAUUUUAUUUUAUUGACGCUAAACCUGAAGAGGAACAAAAAACUGAAAGAAAAAAAACAUGGAAAAGACUACAUUGUAUGGUCGUUGUAACACUUUUACACACUAAUGAAUGGUAACGCACAGCAUUGUGCUCUGAGAGAGUUACUGAAUGUACUGUCAUUUCUGUAUGCUGACAUGCGUGUGACAGACGGUGCAUCACGCUACUGUGGGACACCAAUGAUCUAUUAUCUAUUUAAAGUGCAAUGAUGUACUGCCAAAAUAUGCAUUUAAAGGGCAAUACAAUAUACAUGUAGCCUACCACAUAGUAAAUACUGCAAAUAAUGAUGUUCUGACAGAGAAGACCGUUGAAGGCAAGUUCACGCAGAAACCCCUCAAUAUCCAGGCUUUAAAAUACUUCAACUUUCCUUAGUACCUGCAGGUAAUACUGUUUUGUUUGGUCAACUUACAGCGAUGUGUGCCAUUUUACCUUGAAGAGGGGCCUCCCGGGGCCCUGAGUAGACAUUCUUUAGUGCAUCAUCAUGUCAGUGUAUGGUUCAUUUUGCUGGAGUGGAAAGGAUUACUGUAACCUUUUUGUAAUAAAUGUGCUUGCAAUAAGCUACCAUGGGA